AUGACCCUGAGCAAGUCAUUUAACUUCUUAAUGCUCCAGAAGACUCUUCAAACUAAAAGGUGCACAGAAGAUAUCAGUGACACCCCAGAGUCAUCCCUAAAAACACUUUUGGACAUAAGUGCAGAAGCACAGAAGGACACCGAAUCCAGCCUGUUUUUGGAGGACAUCCAGAGGCGGCUCCGGAAUGCUUUCCGCAGCCCCAUCUCACUCCUGGGCAUCCUGCAGCCACUGUGGAAGCCUCAGAAGCAGCAGCAGCACUGUGAAAGCUCUGGGAGCAGUAGCACUGCCACACUGGAGGAGCUGCACAGGACUCACAUAGCCCAAGAUACCGCCUGGCUGCGGGUGGAACUGUUGGAGAGACGUUUGCAGAACCGGCAGCUUGCCAAAACUUUGUUGGAUUUAAACUUGGAAAUGCGGUAACUGAGGAUUGAAAAUGAACUUUCUGGAGUUUCUGAAUGUCCAACCCUGGGAAAGAUUACUGUGAGCUCAGAAUAA